UUGCUGACUUGAGUCACACCAGGACGCCGCCAGCUCCACGAUAACCGCGGCCGCCUCCUCGCAUCGUUCUGGGAUCCGCCUCUCCAGCAUCUGUUUGCGGUGUAAACCCGGUGCACAAGCCGGGGCUUCGUAGAACUCGAGCCGGAUGAUGUGGAUGUAGCGCCGCUCUGAGACACCAAUAUCUCGUUUUUUUUUAUUUUUUCAUUUUUUUUUUCAACCGCUCUUUCCAACUUCCAAAGCAGGAUUUCAAGCAUGGACUCUUUCGGCGACUCGGCGGGGGACAACAAGCACCCCGCGGGUCAGUGCGCACCCAAGCCGGCUGUCCACCGCUGGUCUCCCGGUCCGCCCCUCGCCGUGUGCACGCUGCUGUCCCUCUGCUCCAUCAGCCUGUGUCUGCUGAUGGGCCUCAAGACGCACCGGCUGGAGCAGCGGCUGCAGAUGGAGAUGGACCGAGCGCCCGCCCUCCACCCGCCGCUCGGGGCUCUCCUCAACCAGGAUGGGAGCCUGAGCGCCUCCGUGGGGAAACUCCUGGAAGAGAAAGUCAUGAUGCUCGUGCCGAAGAUGCGAUCAACGCGAGAUGUCGGCCAAGAGUGCGCCUGUCCACCAGGGCCUCCCGGAAAGCGUGGAAGGAUGGGAAGAAGAGGGGAACCGGGUAAGUGAAUCCCACCACCUGGCAAGGCGGGACGGGAUGGAUACCCGGGUCCACUUGGCUUGGAUGGCAAACCAGGUCUGCCGGGUCUCAAGGGAAGCCAGGGACCACAGGGGCCCAAGGGAGAUAAGGGUGACCAAGGAGACAUCGGGCCGAGGGGUCCUCCUAACUACAGCUCAUCAGCAGGACUGCACAGUAAUCAGAUUCUCACCGUCAAGGGUGACCAAGGCCAGGCUGGAGCUGCUGGCCCUCCUGGCCCCCCUGGCCCACCAGGUGCAAGAGGCCCCCCUGGGAACACAGGCAAAGACGGGCCCCGCGGCCCAACGGGAGAACCAGGAUUGCCAGGUCGUGAUGGCAUUGAGGGAGCUCAAGGAUUGCAAGGGAAGCCGGGAGAGGAUGGUGAGCCAGGAUUUCCGGGACCACAGGGUCCUCCGGGGACAAAGGGUGAAGCAGGUACGGGAGGAAAGGGAGAGCGAGGCAUGGAUGGACUACCAGGAUUAAAGGGGGAUAAAGGAGGGAUAGGAGAGCAAGGCCCCAUGGGUUAUCCUGGUGAAAAGGGCAUAUCGGGCUCCUCUGACAUCAUUGACUUUAACGGGAAGCUUCUUGACGCUUUCCAGGGCCCACCAGGUCCACCAGGUCCCCAAGGUUCUCAAGGAGAAAAGGGGGAGCUCGGUUUACCGGGGCCAGCUGGAUUGGACGGCCAGAAGGGAUCUAAAGGUGACAUCGGUGAAAUAGGACAGCAAGGGGAAAGAGGAGAAAAGGGAGAGAUGGGUCUAUCUGGGCCUGCGGGUAUGGAUGGACAGAAAGGAGAGAAGGGCGACUGCAGACUGGACGACAACCUGGUUCAAAUGAUUUCCCAGCCAGGCCCUCCUGGCCCACCAGGCCCACCAGGAGUUUCCGGGUCACCUGGAUCUAUGGGGCUGCAUGGCAUGCCUGGUCCCAAGGGGGAGCCAGGAUUCGGCGUAAAAGGGGAGAAGGGUAACAUUGGUGUUCCAGGAAGCCACGGAAUGGACGGCUUUCAGGGUUCACCUGGCUCUCCGGGCCUAGUGGGUCUUCCAGGAGCGAAAGGAGAAAGAGGCAGGCAGGGGGAGCCUGGACUUGAUGGUUUGCCGGGCUUUACGGGAGAGAAAGGAAACAGAGGCGACCGAGGGGACAAGGGUGACAGGGGAACUGUCGGAAAGAGAGGACUGAAGGGUCAGAAGGGAGAACAGGGUCCUCCAGGUCUAGACCAACCCUGUCCUGUGGCUUGUGAUGACAAGAAAGAUGUGUCUGGUGUGGAAGGAGCACUUUCUUCUCCUCCACCUCCUCCUCUUCCUCCUUCCGCCCCUGUGGCCCUGUGUCCUGUGGUACAGUAA